AUGGCGGAGAAGGCCUCCUACCUUACCUCCCAAGCUGCCAAAUAUGCCCUGGGCGUGCAUCGUGGGCCGCUCGACAGCGAGGGACACGGGGCCGAACAUGUCGAAAAGGCCGACGCGGUCGAGCUGGAAACGGGGAAGAAAACACGGGCGCAGAAACUGCGUCGACACUGGGGGCGGUUCUGGUGCUGCUAUUGCUUCUGGUCGCUGAUUUUCCUGGCCAUCUUCCUGCCAAUCUUCUUCACCCUGAUCAUUCCCGCCAUCGCCCAGCGCGUCGUCGAUGAUUCCACCCUGCUGCUCGUCAGGGCGGACGUCAUGCAGCCGCGCCCGGACUCGGUCGUUAUGACCAUCCAGUCCGCCCUGGAUCUGCCGCUGUCGGUGCCGGUGCGCGUCGACCCCAUCGCCCUGGAGCUGUUCAACCGCGACACCGAGGGCAACGGCACCUACGCCAUUUUGUACAUCGACGGCACCACCGUCCAUGGCAACACCACGCUGGGCGUGACGAACCAGUACACGCCGCUGAACGUCGAGCAGUGGACCAAGUACGUGCACAGUGUGGUGUUCAUGGAGCAUGCGCCGCUGUCCGUCCGGGGAAAGACCCAUGCCUUCUUGGGCAAGUUGAAGUCCUUCAUCACGAUGAACAAGAACAUUCCGCAGACGUCGCUGAACAAGUUCAGCGGCUUCUCCAUCGAAGACUCCACCGUGAUUCUCCCGCCACGGGAAGACGGCACCAACCUGAUCGCCAACGCGACGCUGCCCAAUCCGUCGGUGAUGACCCUGGAGAUCGGCACCACCGUCCUCGACCUCAAAAGCGGCGACCUCGUCAUCGGCAACGCCACCAUCGACAACCUCGUCCUGCGCCCCGGCAAUCACUCCGCCCCCGUCCACGGCAUCCUCGACCUGCACAAGCUCAUCGAAAACCUCGGCGAGGUCCUCCGCUCGCAAAGCGAGUCCCUAUCCCAGGGCUACCUCACCCUCGACACCGUCGGCAAGUCCGUCGUCUACGACGGCGUCGAGGUGCCCUACUACACCGACGUCAUGUCGCAGCUCACCAUGACCGCCAAGGUGCCCAUCGCCGACCUGCUGAAGAACACCCUGCACCAACUGCUCGGCUCCAACACGACGGGGCUGUUGUCGUCGCUCAACAUCACCUCCGACUCGCCGGAUCUGGGCUCGGCCCUGAGCAAGAUCGAGGCGAAUGGCGGGUUGAGUAAGGUGCUGAAUGCGCGCGGGUUCGGCGAGUUCUUGGGCGGAGAGAAGCGCGAUGCGAUGGUCGAUGUGAUGGGGGCGUUUCUAUGA